AUGGAAGAGCACGCUCAAGAGAUGGAUCGCGUUAACAACGAGCUAGCAGACCUUCGAGGGAAUGUAGGAACAAUUAUGGAACUACUUCAGGUUAUCAAUGCAAAGAUGGAUACUCAGCCUACUGUGGUUUCUGAGAUCAACACUAUCGCUGCCGUAGAUCCGCCGGUUGUUUCAGUUGAGAACCCGUUUCCUUAUGGUCUUUCGCAGAGUUUCAUACAUCCGCCUGUUGUUACUUCAGUUCAACAAGCCAUGCCGGUUAUACAGAACGUUCAACAGACUGUGCCUUUGGUUCCCGAGCCUCCAAAGGUGGUCCCUACCUUCACACAAGCUAAUGUCCAUACUCGGGUGCAGCCUUAUCUUAAUGAGCCUGUUUAUGAAAUUCUGGAUGAUAAUGAUGAAGGUUACCAGCCGCGUGAUAGGCUCCGCGAGGAGGUUGUUACUAUUGAUAAAAGAUUAAGAAAGAUGGAAGGAGACCAGAUCUUUGGUGCUGCUGCUAGAGACAUCUGUUUGGUUUCCGAUUUAGUUAUUCCGCCAAAGUUCAAGACUCCGAACUUUGACUGCUAUGAAGGGACUACAUGUCCGAAAAGCCAUUUGAUAAUGUACUACCGUAGGAUGGCUGCCCAUGUGGAAAAUGACAAGUUGAUGAUCCACUGUUUUCAAGACAGUCUGAAAGGUGCCUCGUCGAAGUGGUAUUUAACCUUGGACCAAUCUCGCAUCAAGUCUUUUCAAGAUUUGUCUGACGCUUUCAUUAAGCACUAUAAGUACAACAUGGACUUGGCUCCUGACAGGAGACAACUUUUGAGUAUGACGCAGAAAAGUUCUGAGACCUUUAAGGAAUACGCCCAGCGAUGGAGGGAAAUUGCUUCCCAGGUUGAACCUCCAUUGACUGAUAAAGAAUUAGCUGACUGGUUUGUUGACACCGUUCGUCCUGAGUUCUAUGAAAGGAUGGUGGGUAGUGUAACCACGAAUUUCGCUGAUAUUGUUGCUGUUGGAGUAAAGGUUGAAUUAGCUAUUAAGAGUGGAAAGAUGUCCAGUGGUUCUAGCAGUAUGAGUUCGAAGGACCAAGCUAAGAAUACUUCCGUCAAUCCUCAGAGAAAGAAGGAGGGAGAGACUCAUGCUGUGUCUUCAGAUAGGAGAAGGAAUAGGCAGUAUCAAUAUCCGCCACAAUAUGCCCAAUCACAGGGUUACCCAGUCCAGUACGCGCCACCGCCGUACGUGGCUGCUGUUGCACCAUCUUUUAACCAACAAGCUCCACAAGCGCCCGUUUAUCAUCCCAUGCAACAGGUUCCUGGUUAUCCGCCUCCGGUUUAUCCUCCUCCGAAUUAUCAACAAGCAUCCAACGCUCAGGCGAGUCAACAACCGAGGAACCAGGCACCUCGCCAGAAUGCUCCAAGGAGACUAUACAAGACUUGUCCACCGAUUCCGAUGACGUUCACCGAGUUGUAUCCUUACUUAGUGCAACGCGGUUUGGUCACUACUCGAGCUUUGGGACCGCCUCCGAAUCCUUUGCCAGCCAACUACAACGCCGCCGCUCAUUGUUUAUUUCAUGAGGGUGCGCCAGGUCACGACUUGGAGAACUGUUAUGCUUUGAAAAACCUUGUGAGGGAUCUGAUGGAAAAGAAGAUUCUGUCAUUCAACGAUCCGCCGCCCAAUGUCAAAAGUAACCCUUUGCCUGACCAUGGGGCUGUUAAUGCCAUUGAUGCUUCGUCUGAAGAGAAUUCUAUCCUUGAUGUAGCUCAGAUUAAGACUCCGCUCAAGGCAUUCCAUUCAAAGCUGUUUAAAGUAGGCCUAGUAUCUGUUUCCCAUAUCGGUUGUACGAGCUGUAAUGGAUGUGAUAAGGGUUGUGUUAUGGUUCGGAAAGACGUUCAGAGAUUGAUUGAUGAUGGUUUUUUGCAAGUAGUUAACCAGGUGAAAGAAGUAGCCGCAAUUGAGCCUACCUUCAACUUGCCAGAAUCAAGGGGUAGGAUACCAGUGUUUAAUUUGCCAGCACCAAAUUCUGUCAUGCCAGUGUUCAGUAUACCGACUUCCGUUACUCCAACAGUGGACCAGCCUAAACCGUUGAUUAUCCAAAAAUCGAGUCCAUUUCCAUUCAGUGAUCCCAAAGCAGUACCUUGGAAGUAUGGUGUAACCGCGAUUGACAAAGAAUCUGGGAAGGUCAUUCCAAGAGAAGAAGUGAAGGUUGAUGGUGAAAGUGUGACUAACAUAGCUGGGGCAAGCAGGAUGACUCGCAGUGGUCGCGUGUACACUCCCCGUUUUGAUGAGGCUCCACCUAGAGAGACAACUGCUAACACUGCUGUGCCUGCCAGAGAUAAAAAUAAAGAGGUUGUUACUAAUGAUGCAGAUGCUGAAUUCUUAAGGAUCAUCAGGAAGAGUGAUUACAAAGUCGUUGAUCAGCUUCAUCAGACCCCUUCAAAGAUCUCUAUCCUAUCUCUGUUAUUGAAUUCACCCGCUCAUAGGGCUGCUUUGCAGAAAGUAUUGACGCAAGCUCAUGUCGCUCAAGAUAUUACUACCGGUCAGUUUGAUAGUGUGAUCGCCAAUAUUACCGCAUGUAAUACUCUUAGCUUCAGCAAUGAAGAGCUACCGAAAGAGGGCCCGAAUCACAACCGUGCUUUGCACAUAUCAGCGAAGUGUCAAGAGGAUAAUUUAGCCAGGGUGCUUGUGGAUACCGGAUCAUCUUUGAACGUCCUACCCAAGAGAGUUCUUAGUAAGUUGGCUUACAAAGAAACUAUGGUGAAGCCUACUUCUUUGAUUGUCAAGGCGUUUGAUGGUUCUCGUAGAGCUGUGAUUGGAGAAGUGGAACUUCCAAUUCUGAUUGGUCCGCAUGUUUUCAAUAUCACUUUCCAAGUCAUGGAUAUCAAUCCCAAUUACAGCUGUCUACUUGGAAGACCUUGGAUCCAUGUUGUUGGGGCUGUGACUUCUACCUUGCACCAAAAGAUGAAGUUUGUAGUUGAUGAUAAGCUGGUGAUUAUUCACGGUGAGGAGGAUUUAAUGGUCAGUAAUUUAUCUUCGUUCCAUUAUAUUGAGGCCGAUGAAGACGCGUUGGAAACUUCUUUCCAAGCACUUGAGAUCGCCAAUGCUGUGUUAGUGGAGGUCGAAGAGACUGUGGAAGGCCAGAGUAAUCCAUCUUUUUCAUCCUUAAAGAGUACCAGAUCAACAAUUGACAGGGGCAUUCUUGAAGGUUGGGGAGAGAUAAUCAACGUCAAGACCAAAACUGAUCGCCACGGGUUGGGUUACAGACCAACUCAUGAUAAAGCUUCUACAAAUGUCGAAGGGCGUCCGAAGAUUUACCAAGAAGUGUUUAUCAGCGGAGGUUUUCAAGUUAAUGCCGUCAGCGAUGGUGAUGAAGAUGACGAUUUAAGCAACCUGGUGUUCAAGAGUAGUGCAACAUUGAGCAACUGGGAGGCUAUAGAGAUUCCUGUUAUUUUUCCAGUGUCAAAUGACAUUACAAACCUUGUUGAAUCCAAUGACGAUAUUGUCUCUCCUGAUUGGGAUUCACCCAUUUAUCAAGCUGAAGAUGAGGGUGAGGAAGAUUCUGAAGUACCCACUGAACUGACAAAGUUGGUCGAGUACGAGUACACGGAACUUCAACCAGAUAAGGAGCAGGUAGAUUUGGUUAAUCUUGGCACAGACGAGGACAAGAAAGAGGUCAAGGUUGGUACAAUGCUUGGGGUUGAGAUCAAGCAGGGGUUGAUAAAGCUUUUGAAGGAAUACAUUGAUGUGUUCGCAUGGUCGUAUCAAGAUAUGCCAGGUUUAGACACAGAUAUUGUAGUUCACAAACUACCGCUUAAGCCAGAAUGUCCUCCUGUCAAACAGAAACUUCGAAGAACGAGACCUGACAUGGCUUUGAAGAUUCGAGAUGAGGUUAAGAAACAGUUGGAUGCGGGUUUCCUUGCAGUUGCAAAGUAUCCUGAUUGGGUUGCCAACAUUGUUCCAGUGCCUAAAAAGGACGGUAAGAUGGAUCCAAUAAAGUACAUUUUCGAAAAGCCGGCUCAGACGGGGAGGCUUGCCCGUUGGCACAUGUUGCUAUCGGAAUAUGACAUCCAGUACGUACCGCAGAAAGCUAUCAAAGGAAGUAUUUUAUCAGAUUAUCUGGCAGAUCAGCCCGUAGAAGAUUAUGAGCCUCUCAAGUUCGACUUUCCUGAUGAAGACAUCCUAUUGAUAAAGAGAGAUUGUGAAGAGCCAGGUCCUGAGGAAGGUCCGGAACCGGGUCUCUGGUGGAGGAUGAUGUUUGAUGGUUCUUCAAAUUACAGUGGGUAUGGUAUAGGCACAGUUCUGAUGAAUCCGAAAGGUGGGUUCACCCCUUUUACAGCAAGGUUAGACUUUGAAUGUACAAACAAUGUCGCAGAGUAUGAAGCAUGCAUUCUUGGCCUUGAAGCAGCUAUCGACCUCUGA